GGGGUUCUCGCGCGCCUCCAGCUCUCCAUCAGAAGGCGGGGAGCGCGCGCUGAGGGAACUUCACUGACAGACAUCAAGUCACCUCAGGAGCGCUGAUUUACCUGUUUACAGCCGACCCACAGUGUUUCGCGAAGCCUUGAGAGAAAAACUGCUUAGAAGAGGAGGAACUGAGGAUAUUAAUCCCAAACACUUGUGUUUGCCGGGCGUUGGUGGCCGCUGUCUAUCAGAAGAGUGCGCUGAGGUAAAAUCCAACGGAUUCCGUCAACGUUUCAUUCCGCAAAUAAUAAUCUCUCCGCAACAGUCUGCGAUUCCGCUGGUUUUAUUACAAACAUCUCCAGAGGUUCCUCUGAUUGUUAUUUCACCCGAUCGGCGGAUAUUUGCCUGGUUUUGACUGUUUGUAUGAUGGGAAGAAGUAAAAAGACUGCGAGAAGAGAACGAGGCGGAUCGGGAUUCUUAGCGCAGAUGAUCACGAUGUUCGUUUUUACUCUUUUAUCGCUCGUCAACACCAGUUCGGCUCAAGAUGACGACUAUCUGGGAUUGGGUGAACUCCCGGAGACGUUCCCCUCGGAUCCGCCCGAGCCACUCCCGCACUUCCUGAUGGAGCCGGAGGAGGCGUACAUUGUCAAGAACAAGCCUGUUAACCUUUACUGCAAAGCCACGCCGGCCACGCAGAUCUACUUCAAGUGCAACAGUGAGUGGGUCCAUCAGAAGGAGCACACGGUGGAGGAGCGCGUGGACGAGACCUCGGGUCUGGUGGUGCGGGAGGCCAGUAUCGAGAUCACCCGUCAGCAGGUGGAGGAACUCUUCGGUUUGGAGGAUUUCUGGUGUCAGUGUGUGGCCUGGAGCUCGGCAGGAACCACCAAGAGCCGUAAAGCCCACGUUCGGAUCGCCUAUCUCCGGAAAACAUUUGACCAGGAGCCUCUGGGGAAGGAAGUGUCGCUCGAACAGGAAGUGCUUCUCCAGUGCCGCCCACCAGAAGGAAUACCUGCCGCUGAGGUGGAGUGGCUGAAGAACGAGGAGAUCAUCGACCCCGCCGACGACAGGAACUUCUACAUCACCAUCGACCACAACCUGAUCAUCAAACAGGCGCGUCUGUCCGACACCGCCAACUACACCUGCGUCGCCAAGAACAUCGUGGCCAAACGCCGCAGCACCACAGCCACCGUCAUCGUCUACGUGAACGGCGGCUGGUCGACGUGGACGGAGUGGUCAGUGUGCAGCAGUCGCUGUGGGCGGGGCUAUCAGAAGAGGACACGCAGCUGCACCAAUCCCGCGCCUCUGAACGGAGGAGCCAUCUGUGAGGGUCAAGCCAUCCAGAAACUGGUCUGCAACCCGCUCUGUCCAGUGGACGGUCUGUGGACGGAGUGGAGCAAGUGGUCGACGUGUGGGACAGAGUGCACUCACUGGAGACGGCGCGAGUGCAGCGCUCCAGCCCCCAAAAACGGCGGAAAGGACUGCGAGGGAACAGUGCUGCAGUCCAAGAACUGUACGGAUGGGCUCUGUAUGCAGAGUUCCUUAUAUCAGAAGUCCUCCGAACCCACAGACAAGAGCAAUGCUCUGCCACAUCCAUCGGCCCCCAGCACUGAUGAUGUGGCUCUGUACGUGGGCAUCGUCAUCGCCGUCAUCAUGUGUUUGGUCAUCUCCGUCAUCGUGGCACUGUUCGUCUACAGGAAGAACCAUCGAGACUUCGACUCGGACAUCAUGGACUCGUCGGCGCUCAACGGAGGCUUCCAGCCGGUCAACAUCAAGACGGCACGCACAGCGGAUCUGCUCACGGCUCCUCCGGACCUGACCUCAGCUGCUGCCUUGUACAGAGGUCCGGUUUACGCUCUGCACGACGUCGCUGAUAAGAUCCCCAUGACCAACUCUCCCCUGCUGGACCCGCUGCCCAACCUGAAGAUCAAGGUGUACAACUCGUCCGGUCUGGUGAUGCCGCAGGAGGACCUGUCUGACAUCUCGUCCAAACUCUCCCCCAAACUCCCGCAUGCACUGAUCGACAGCGACACCAUCAGCCGCCGCACACAGACGCUGGUGCGCUCCCGGGACCCCUCGUGCACUGCCUUUGGCUCCUUCAAUGCUCUUGGGGGCCAUCUGAUCGUCCCCAACUCAGGCGUGAGCUUGUUGGUGCCAGCGGGGGCCAUCCCUCAGGGCCGUGUCUAUGAGAUGUACGUGACGGUUCACAGGAAGGAGAGCAUGAGGCCGCAGGUGGACGACACACAGGAGACGGUCCUGAGUCCGGUGGUCAGCUGUGGUCCUCCUGGGGCUCUCCUGACCCGACCCGUCAUCAUCACCAUGCACCACUGCGCCGAGGCCGACAGCGAGGAGUGGCUCAUUCAGCUCAGGAGCCAAUCACAGCAGGGCCAGUGGGAGGACGUGGUGGUGGUGGGCGAGGAGAACUUCACCACUCCCUGCUACAUCCAGAUGGACGAGGAAGCGUGUCACAUCCUGACCGAGACGCUGGGCACGUACUGUCUGGUGGGUCAGUCGGUCAGCGCCGCCGCCGCCAAGAGACUGAAGCUGGCCAUCUUCGGGCCGGUCAGCUGCACCGUCCUGGAGUACCACAUCAGAGUCUACUGUCUGGACGACACGCAGGACGCGCUUAAGGAGGUGCUUCAGAUGGAGAAGCAGAUGGGCGGGAAGCUGCUGGACGAACCCAAGUCUCUGAACUUCAAAGACAGCACACACAACCUGCGUCUGUCUCUGCACGACGUCCCACACACUCUCUGGAAGAGCAAACUCAUCGCCAAAUACCAGGAGCUGGCGUUCCAGCAGGUGUGGAGCAGCUCUCAGAGGAACCUGCACUGUGUCUUCACUCUGGAGCGCUUCAGCUCCUCCACACUCGAGCUCUGCUGCAAGCUGUGUGUGCGUCAGGUGGAGGGAGAAGGACAGAUAUUCCAGCUCAACACCGCGCUGUCUGAGGACUCUCAGUGCAUCGACACGUCUCUUCUGGAUCCGGCCAGUAACAUCACCACUCUGGUGGGUCCCAACGCCUUCCGGAUCCCGCUGUCCAUCCGACAGAAGCUGUGCGGGAGUCUGGACGCUCCACAGACCCGCGGGAACGACUGGAGGAUGCUGGCGCACAAACUCAACCUGGACAGGUAUCUCAACUACUUCGCCACCAAGUCGAGUCCGACCGGCGUGAUCCUGGACCUGUGGGAGGCGCAGCACUUCCCCGACGGCAAUCUGAACCGUCUGGCAGCGGUUCUGGAGGAGAUGGGACGUCACGAGAACAUCAUGAGUGCCGAGCACUGACACCCGUCCUUCCCAGGAGUCCCAGUGGAUCACUGUGAGCGCGGCACACACGCUCCCAGCAGAAGACCACAGUCCCAUCCCAAUCAGUUUCUUAGGAAACAUGACUUCUGCUGUCCGAAUACUGGACCUCUGACUAGACGUCACGUGACUCGUGGCAGCUCGGAGGUUACUUUCUAUCAAUCUGUUGAGAAAUGCCUUUAUUUAUAUUCCGUUUUUCUCUCGGGUUUGGCAUCUGUGUUUUUUGCGCCACCCAGUGGACUGAGCCUGUAACUACACGUCUGUCCAGCCUCCUGUAAAUAUACAUCUGAACUGUAAAGUUUAACAGUGUUAUUCUUCCGUUUUCUUUUGAUUAUUAAUUGUUUCGUUGCAUAGUGAUCUGUGUGUAAUCAAAAUUUAGAGGGAAAAGGGUCAAACGGAUAUCUUUGAGCGCCGUUUUGUUAAACGUUCACCCACUUGCUUCGCAACUUAAACGUGAUUGUGAAUUUCUGGACGCGUUUCAGGAAUAAACUUUACUGGCCAGGAUUCACAGAACGUUGUUUCUGAAGAGCUCUGUCUCUGAUUCUUCAGCUGAAGGCCAAUCGUUGUGAUUUUAUCAGAUGGACGGCAGCGGAUCGGAGGAGUGAGUGAUGAACGGAUGGAUGGAUGCAUGCGGUAAAAUACAAAGUGUACAGAGACCAACUUCACUAAUAGCCAUUCGAGUGUUUGUACUUCACCUUCAUUCUCUUGUCCAGAUUUCUAAAGCUGUCUAUGCAAAAUCUGCAUCCUUUAUAAAGCAAAUUAUACAUGCUAAAAACCGCUAGCAGUCGCUUUCCAUAGUUCUCAUACGAUUAUUCUAUUUAUAGUGAGGAUGUUACUUAUUCUUUUAUGGCACGUUCAUGACGUAAUUCGCAAAUGCUUGCAUCUCCUCUGUGAAGUUUCUGUACAAAAUGUAAGAAAGAAUUUUUAAACAAGCAAUAAAUUAUAUUUAUAUGCAACACUGA